AUGAAGCAGCUGCAGCCAAACUUCCCAGCGGAUCAGGCAGUGCUACCUCCGUGGGCAACUGCAACCUUGGCCUUCGGCACCUUUGUCACGGCCUUUGCCAUUGUGGCCUCGACGCAGGCCCUGCUGACCUGGGACACCAUCCACUGGCCAUGGUCCCGGGUUCUGCAGCGUGCGAACGGCGGGCUUCCUUCGUUGCGAGACCCUAAAACGGACGCCUACAGCAGACUGCAGAGCAAUGACCUUCGCCGCCGAGAGAAUUGCUUGCUGAAGAAGUUUCAGUCGCUCUUGGACCCCUCCCAGGUGAAUGAGAACGCCCCUUGGACUGAGCAUGCUGAGCUGCUGCGCACUCUUCUCAGAGGUGGAUAUCUGAGCCUGGACAGCAUCACCACGCGAGAGGGGAUGCUGGAUUUCUUUGCCAGCCAUCGGGUCAUGGCACGACAGGAGUGCCUUUCCUGCUGCCUUGGUAUUCGCAUGACAGUGCACUACAACCUCUUCUGCGGAACCAUCCUCGCCCUCGGCAGCGAGGAGCAAAAAAGUUGGCUGAAAGAUGCCCAGAGCUCUGGACUGCUGGGCUGCUUCAUGCUGACGGAGACUGGCGCAGGCGUUCUCAGCGGUUUGGUGGUGGAAACAGUGGCCACCUGGGUGUGGCAUGACAACCAGGGACGAGGAGGCUUCGAGCUGCAUACGCCAAGCACAUCGGCAGAGAAGACCUGGAUCUCCCAAGGCUUGGCUGCCGACUACGGCCUGGUGGUCGCUCAGCUCGUCAUCGACCAGAGGUCGCUGGGUGCCCACGUCUUCCUUGUAGACAUGCGCUCCGAAGGAAUCUCGCGGGAGUGCAUGGGAGAGAAGACGACCUUCAACGCGCUCGACAAUGCUCGAGUGUCUUUUAAUCACGUACAGCUGCCGGCGACCGCCCUGUUGUCGAGACUCUGCCAUGUACAGCCCCACUUAAGCGGAAACAGCUGGCACGCUGAGUAUGUCUUCGCAGGAAAACGGCCGCCGACAUUUAUUCAAAUUGCACAGCGCUUGUUGUCCGGCCGUAUGUGCAUUUCCGACUCGGCGAUCACUUACUUAGAGGGCGUCCUGGGCGUGACAAAGAAGUACGCCGAGGGCCGCUUGGUGUGGGUCGACAAGGAGCGCAAGAUGCCCCUGGCGGACCUGCCCUACAUGGCGAAAGGUUUGGAGAGUGUGGAGGUUGGCCUGACGGUCCACAAGGCGACGAGUGCAGCUCUGUGCUUGUCUUUGCCAUGUCCCAGUCAUUCGUAG